CCAGGUUGCCUUUGUGGGCGGUGUUCUUCCUGACGCUCCGUGGCCCGACUGCCAAGUCUUCAAGUGCUGGCGCUCUCUUACCCUUUUGUGUUUUGUCCCCGGGGAACGCAGCAUUCUGUGGCUGAGCCUUCGGUGGCUGAGCCGGCCCCGGUGGGGCAGCGUGGGUCCCCGGGGCUGGCGGGACCGGCCUGCACUGAGGCGGUCAGGGCGCAGCCGGAGCCGUCCGUGUGGUCCUGGCUGGUCCACCGUCCUGUCGGGGAGGCCGUGCUGCCUCUGUGGCCGGGCUGUGGCCCUGCUCGGCGUCCCCUGCACUGUUCCAGCGGCAGCUUUGAGCUCUGUUUGCUUUGGCAGAGAAGGCAGCGGUGGGCCAAGGGCCGCUUGUCCUUGGCCUUGCUGAUUAAAGAUGUGGGAAUGGAAUGUGCUCCUUCCUGGACAAUCAGGCCCAUGGACUUCUGUGUCUGUCGUCGGGGCCCGGUCCCUGUGGGAGCUUCGUCUUUGGGGCCCUUCAGAAGCAGCACAGGGAGAGAAGUGGAAUGGCUUCCAGACCAUCAUGGAGCAGUUCAACCCCAGUCUCCGGAACUUCGUUGCCAUGGGGAAGAACUACGAGAAGGCCCUGGCGGGUGUGACCUACGCUGCCAAAGGCUAUUUCGACGCCCUCGUGAAGAUGGGCGAGCUAGCCAGCGAGAGCCAGGGCUCCAAAGAACUCGGAGACGUUCUCUUUCAGAUGGCUGAAGUCCACAGGCAGAUUCAGAAUCAGUUGGAAGAGAUGCUGAAGUCUUUCCACAACGAGCUGCUCACGCAGCUGGAGCAGAAGGUGGAGCUGGACGCCCGGUACCUGAGCGCCGCGCUGAAGAAGUACCAGACGGAGCAGAGGAGCAAGGGCGACGCGCUGGACAAGUGCCAGGCCGAGCUGAAGAAGCUGCGGAAGAAGAGCCAGGGCAGCAAGAACCCGCAGAAGUACUCGGACAAGGAGCUGCAGUACAUCGACGCGAUCAGCAACAAGCAAGGAGAGCUGGAGAACUACGUGUCGGACGGCUACAAGACCGCGCUGACCGAGGAGAGGAGGCGGUUCUGCUUCCUGGUGGAGAAGCAGUGCGCCGUGGCCAAGAACUCCGCCGCCUACCACUCCAAGGGCAAGGAGCUGCUGGCCCAGAAGCUGCCGCUGUGGCAACAGGCGUGCGCGGACCCCAACAAGAUCCCGGAGCGCGCCGUGCAGCUGAUGCAGCAGGUGCCCAGCAACGGCUCUGUCCUCCCCAGCGCCCUGUCGGCCUCCAAGUCCAGCCUGGUCAUCUCAGACCCCAUCCCAGGGGCCAAGCCCCUGCCGGUGCCCCCCGAGCUGGCCCCGUUUGUGGGGUCCCAGAGCAAGCUGAGCGACUCGUACUCCAACACGCUCCCCGUGCGCAAGAGCGUGGCCCCGAAGAACAGCUACGCGGCCACUGAGAACAAGACCCUGCCGCGCUCCAGCUCCAUGGCAGCCGGCCUGGAGCGCAACGGCCGCAUGCGGGUGAAAGCCAUCUUCUCCCACGCGGCCGGGGACAACAGCACCCUGCUGAGCUUCAAGGAGGGGGACCUCAUCACCCUGCUGGUGCCCGAGGCCCGUGACGGCUGGCACUACGGGGAGAGCGAGAAGACCAAAAUGCGGGGCUGGUUUCCCUUCUCCUACACGCGCGUCCUGGACAGCGACGGCAGCGACAGGUUGCACAUGAGCCUGCAGCAGGGCAAGAGCAGCAGCACAGGGAACCUCCUGGACAAGGAGGAGCUGGCCCUCCCCCCACCCGACUACAACGCAUCGUCCCGCGCCUUCCCUGCCCAGACAGCCGGCACCUUCAAGCAGAGGCCCUACAGUGUGGCCGUGCCCGCCUUCUCCCAGGGUCUAGAUGACUACGGAGCGCGGGCUGUGAGCAGGAAUCCCUUCGCCAGCGUCCAGCUGAAGCCGACAGUGACCAACGACAGGUCUGCCCCCCUCCUCAGCUGACGGCCAAGUCCCACGCUGCCCGCUGGGCACCCCCCUUGUCCCCAAACACAAGCCCUUUUCUAACAGUCUGUGCGACCCCUGUUUAGUUUUCUGCUUCCGUGCCCUUCACCCGCCUGGCUCUGCCCCCACCUCAGUCUGGCCCGGACAGGGCCCCGCCCUUUCUUCGGAGUCGUGGCCGAGCGGCCCCACGGCUGGGAGCUGCCCCCGGGCGGUGCGGCUGGCCUCUCAGGCAGGACCCCCUGGCUGUGCGUGUCGUGGUCCCCUCAGGGGCAGGGAAGGGUGUCGGGUCGGCCUGCAGCUGGAAGGGGGCUCAGCUCCCCACCGCGCGUAGCCCCCAAGCGUCUGGUCAAUAAAGAGGCUGUGCCCCAC